GAAUAGCAAGACAGAGAGGGUAGGCAGACCACCCGGCAGCACAACACACCAAUGCACAGCAGGCAACCAUCUGUACCCUUGACCGUGAGAGACAGGUAGGCAGGUGAACUCCAGCACAAUAAGACGCCCGUCGCGCCAACCACCCUACAGCUCUGGCUUCAACCCCAGUAUCGCCUUGCACCGGGGAGGGCGUGCACUGCUGAUUCGUUCUUUGGCGGAGGAAAACAACAUGCUGUUGCUGGCACCCGCGGCUGCUUUCCUCGGUGUUCGCACCUGUACUGCAGCGGCCGCCUUGUUGUCUUUCACGGAUCUAACGCUGGCCUUCGUGCCCCCCCUGGCUGGCAGCAGUAGAAUGUGGCGGAAUGAGGAGCAUGCAAGGAGGGCGAGGACACGUUCCAGGCGUCCUGCAGAAGUGCGACCAACUAGACGGGCGCCAACCUGUUCUUUGCGAGCGAAACGAUUGGCUGGUGGGGAAAGCAGCGACGGUGUUGGUCGGCAGCAGGCUGAUACGGGGGUGGGAGGUAGUGGAGGUGGAGAUGCUGCUGCUUCCCGGAAACGCUCUGGCGGUGGGAAGCGAAAAGAACGGAAUAAAAAGUCCUUGCAACAACGCCUUGAUGAAAUGAGGUUGGACUUUUCUCUCGAAGAUAGGGAGCCUUACGUGGCGGGGGCACCGCCACGGAUACCGCCACUGCCGGAGUCUCCGCCCGGUGGCACACCCUCUCAAGCGGCGGCGGCUGCUGCGCUUGCCGGCAGCGGCACGAUGCCGGCGAAGAGCGGGCGACAAGCGUUGUAUUCGAACUACCGUCGCCGAAGACGACCGUUGAACGCUUCGUGCAUGCCGAAGAACCAGCGCCCGCAAGGGUGCGGUCCACUGCUGCCACCGAUCGGCACUGGAGGCAAGCAGGUGGUGGUGGUGGACCACGUAGCGCCGGAGCUGGACAAGAUCCGGCACUUGUCCGAGUACAAGUCGGACCUUCCGUGCGUCCAGACUGGGACGUGCCCCGUGCCAGUGUUUCGCUGUUCGAAAGGCCACGUGUGGGAGCCGAACGGAACACCGGUGUGCUUCUACUGCCCCAUCUGCGCCGACACAAGGAUCACGACGAGGAUGAAGAGAAAGCGAGAUCUGGAAGCGAUGCAAGAGAUCGCUCGAGGGAAAGGGGGAGAAUGCAUUGCCGAAGAGUACCUCGGUAUGGAUGAGAAGAUCGCUUUCCGGUGCGGCGAUGGGCACGAGUGGCUAACUUCGCCGUCCAACUUGGUCUAUAAAAAUACGUGGUGUCCCAAGUGCGCUGCCCUUCGUUCGGUCGAGCGCAAGAAGCUCACCCUCGCGGACAUGCACCAGACCGCUCGGCAGUUCGGAGGGGUUUUCCUGAGCCCCGAGUACAAAGGAGCGGCGGUCAAGCACGAAUGGCGGUGCAAGCGAGGCCACACGUUCUGGAACACGCCGAAUAACGUCCGCCGUGCCGAAGGAGGUCGCCGAGUUGCCACUUUCUGCAAGAUAUGCACGUCGAUGGAUAGGAGAAUACUCAAGGCGGCCGUUUUGGGAGGGCUGGACAAGGACGACGCCAAGAGCACGCUCGACCAGUUGAAUGCGGUGGGCGCUAUGCCAACAAGGCGGCAUUUCUUGAAGAAAAGGGCGACCGGGAAGUCCACGCUGGCGGCACAGAGGCGGAAAAUGAUCCGCAUGAACAACAGGAGCCUCAGCGGCAGUCCAGCAAAUACCACCACCAAUAUUAGUAGCAGCGGGGAAGUCUCUGUUCGAUGACGGUAGCCACAUGGUAUGCGGCACAGCAGUUCCCGAGUAUCAACGCCGCCCUUCGGCGUUUUGGGGUGCUGAUGCAUUUCCAGACGAAAUAGCCCCAAUAUAAGCGACCUCGCGAGAGACCUUGCGCACAGGACUGAGCCAAGACGAGUGUUGCAAGCAUGAUGGCGCGCGAUAGGCGUGCCACGAGGUGUUCACCGACUCCUUAAAUUUUUGCUUCGAAGGGUAACACGUGGUAUUGUGUGUAUAGCUCAUCAGGGAGCGAAGUGGGCCCGUCGCACCUCGACUUGGGUGGAGUCACUUUCGGUUGUUCUUGAGUGAGAUGAGAGGGGGACAGGGAACGGGAGAUAGGGUACACCCCGCUCGCGAAGACGGGAGGAGGAGCAGCGGCAGAGAUGAUGUGUGCACUUCCCAUUUCAUUCGACGCAAAAACUUGUGUUUGUGGUGUACAUCCUCGAUCUGCAGUCUCGGACUGGGGUGCGCCCUUUGUGCCUGCUGCUGCUGUGGAACGUUUCUUCUGUAGGAAGAGUGUUUUGCGCUUAUUUUGGAGUUCUGGGUGAUGCGUACGUUACAGCAAGGUUGCAGAAAGCGGCAGCAGACUUUGAAAACCAGGAGAGCGCGCGACGAUAAGAGGGGCGAAGUGCCAGAUAGUCAAGGUGCGCCACCCAUGACAAGGCUCUAGACUUGACACGAUGUACACACGAUGGUGGGUAUGAGCACGGUGUGAAGCUUGAAGCUCUUCUCGGCUGUUGGAAUUGAGUUUAAUCGAAAGAGAGUACGCGGAACAAUGCAACCAGGAACGAUGCCUGCUAAGGACUUCUUGUGACGGGUGACGUGGUCACUACAACGUGACGUGGUCACAACAACAGAUUUCAGCUGGACCGUUCUCUCUUGGACUACCCCUCCUCUUCACGACUUGCUUCGCAGAGCGGCUGCGGGUCCAAAGGCAGGGGACAGCAGCGCUCACACAAGACCUGGGCAGAAAAAACAAGGCGAACAAUCAACAACCGAAGACGAUUCACCCGAACGCAUCCCGCUUCAAAACUGUUCGGAAAUUAAAGAUUAAAGAAAGCCGCUUGCCCCCGUGCUCCCUGCCGUUGACCGCCACCCCUCCUGCUUCUGCUCACCACGAGGCCGCCAGAAAAAAACUGAUCCCGCACUGCCAGACAAAAAAACGCCCCCCCCCCCGUUGCCAAAGUAACAAGCAUGUGGUGUCCGCCUCGCGUAGAACAUCUGAGCCUUCAUACCCCACGCUCCAAGGUACAACAGCAAGUUGCUUUGUAUGCGAUUUCGUCAGAUUUACAUCCAUCGGCAGCCCGCACCUCCUUCUGUCGCGUGCAAUACUCCCGGUCUCUCCAGGCCGGUGCACCUCGCAACCACCUAUGAUAUGACUUGAGAGGAAUGGAUACACGUAUUCGACGGGCAUUUAGAAGUGCAAACCAAGGGUCCCCACAGCAGUAUCCACGACGGUCAUGAUCGGAGUGGCAAUUUUUUACACCAUUAGGAAGUCGCGGCGGUUAGCCUCUCCUGAACGUCCGCCCAGUUGACCACCUUGAAGAUGCUCUUGACGUAGUCGGGCCUGACGUUCUUGUACUGGAGGUAGUACGCGUGCUCCCAC